CAGAUAUCGUUUGAAAAUGUGUGGUGGGUGGUAGAAUACUAACUAGGUCUUUGAUAAAUUUUUCAGAACCCGAAGCUCGCGUGCUUCCGAGCUGCUGUGGAUGGCCCUGGCUCUCGUGACCACCCUUCCAAGUAGGAUGUCACUGAGAACCCUCAAGUGGAGCCUCCUGCUGCUGUCACUCCUGAGUUUCCUGGUGAUGUGGUACCUCAGCCUGCCCCAGUACAACGUGAUCGAGCGUGUAAACUGGAUGUACUUCUACGAGUAUGAGCCAAUUUACAGACAAGACUUCCGCUUCACACUUCGAGAGCAUUCAAACUGCUCUCUUCAAAACCCAUUUCUUGUCAUCCUGGUGACCUCACACCCCUCAGAUGUGAAAGCCAGACAGGCCAUUAGAGUUACUUGGGGUGAAAAAAAGUCGUGGUGGGGAUAUGAGGUUCUUACGUUUUUCUUAUUAGGCCGACAGGCUGAAAGGGAAGACCAAGUGUUAGCAUUGUCUUUAGAGGAUGAACACCUUCUUUAUGGCGACAUAAUACGACAAGAUUUUUUAGACACAUAUAAUAACCUGACCUUGAAAACAAUUAUGGCAUUCAGGUGGGUAACUGAGUUUUGCCCCAAUGCCAAGUACAUCAUGAAGACAGACACUGAUGUUUUCAUCAAUACUGGCAAUUUAGUGAAGUAUCUUUUAAAUUUGAACCACUCAGAGAAGUUUUUCACAGGUUAUCCUCUAAUUGAUAAUUAUUCCUAUAGAGGCUUUUACCAAAAAACCCAUAUUUCAUACCAGGAGUAUCCGUUCAAGGUGUUUCCUCCCUACUGCAGUGGGUUGGGUUAUGUAAUGUCCAGAGAUUUGGUGCCAAGAAUCUAUGAAAUGAUGAGUCACGUAAAACCCAUCAAGUUUGAAGAUGUUUAUGUUGGGAUAUGUUUGAAUUUAUUAAAAGUGGACAUUCAUAUUCCAGAAGACACAAACCUUUUCUUUUUAUAUAGGAUCCACUUGGAUGUCUGUCAGCUCAGACGUGUGAUUGCAGCCCAUGGCUUUUCUUCCAAGGAAAUUAUCACAUUUUGGCAGGUUAUGCUAAGGAACACCACAUGCCAUUAUUAAUUUGACAUUCUACCAAAAGCCUAGAGAAGGACAGGAUACUUUGUGGAAAGUGUUCAAGUUGGUGCUGUAAAAUCUCCAAUGGAGAACUCAUGGGAGGUCACUGUGUGGGCUUACACUGAACUGAAACUCAUGCAGAACCUGUAGACUCGAGACUGGAGGGUUCCACUUGUGAUUUGUUUUGAAAAAUCAAGUCAGACCCUUUAAAGAUGAUGUUCAGAGGAAUUAAACAUCUUAUAAAGGAAUUUGGGGUUUUUGUUAACAAAAUUAAUAGGACCAAACCAUUUGAACAUGUCAUUCUGUAGACUAGAGCUUCUUAAAAGGGUUUUGUUGAAUUAUAAGCUCAUUAGUCCAUAACAGCAAAGCAACGUGCUAUUCAUUGAACAAUCUAGUCAGUUAAGGGUUUUGUGUGUGUCUUACAUGGAUUACCAAUUUUUAAAAAUAAUAUAAUUCUGUGUAAAAAAACAACUAAAGUUAUACUGAACAGAAUUUCAUCUCUUUUUGGUCAUUUAGAAAGUUCUUCAGGAUGUUGCAGUAUUUCAGAGGUAUCAGUUAUUAUUUAAUGUUACUUAGAACUUUCUGGGUGUUUGUUAUGGUUGUUUCUAAACUGUAUAAACAGAAUAGUGAAUCACCCUGUACAUUUGAACUUUUUUCCAGUUACUUCACUGAUGAAUUCAUUAUUGAUAGCUCCAUUAAUGUGAAGUCCUUGGUCGUUAUUGUGUAUUGGUAAUCUCUUGGACUUUGAUCAAUAUUUUACCAUGGUAAUGUAGAGAAGAAUUAAAGCAAGAAGAUCUGUCUUGUUUUUAAAAA